AUUUUAUAGUCCCCACUCGAGGGAUUUCCGUGAGCUCCACACACCCUGGUCCCAAACCGGUAUCAGAUAACGGAAGUAAAAUCCGCGUGCUGGGGAUGUCGUCAGGGAUCGGCAACUUGGCAUGGCCAGUCGAGCUAGGCCACCAGUUGGCUAUACUUGAUACCCCAGAUUUAGCACUCUGUGGGGAAGAGUCUGGGGAAAAAGUCCAUGCCUUGUUCUGGCACGCAGCAUGACUCUUGUGACAUGACUCUUGGAACAUAAGACCAGAGGUCCCUUGGUGCUUGAUUUUAUUCUUCUGGAUCAUUCAUCAUUCUAUUUCGUCGGGCUUGACUACUGCUCCUCUGCGUUCUGCCUUGCCUGCCCACCCGUUUUUUUCCAAACGCCAUCAUGUUCAAGACCAAGGUUAGGGGGAAGACCAUUAAGCGGAUAUUGUCCGCGAGCUGCGCUAUUUCCUUUUGCAUGUACGGAUACGAUGCGGGAGUGCUGGGGGGCAUCCAGGAGACAAAGCCGUUCCUGCAUGCCAUGGGCAACCCCACCGGUACCUACGUGGUCCCCAUGAUUGCAUCCGCCUACACGCUCGCGGCCGCAGUCUGCUCGCUCGCCGUGACCGUCAUCGGGUUGCCUCUGGGUCGACGGAUGUGUAUCCUCCUCGGCAAUGGGUUCGUCAUCAUUGGGGGCAGUUUGCAAGCCUCCGCUUGGUCUGUGCCUCACAUGAUCAUUGGUCGAAUCAUGUGUGGCAUUGGUAUUGGCUUCAUCUCCUGCUCGAUCCCGACUUACCAGGCCGAAAUGGCAAUGGACGAUGCACAGCGAGGACCAGACGUGGCCGUCACCUGUGUAUACCUUGCCUCCGGUGCCCCCCUUGCUUACUGGGUUGAUUUUGGCUUCACGCGCAUGGACAACCAGAUCUCAUGGCGAUUCCCUAUUGCAUUACAGGUGGUUUUUGCGGUGUGUGCUGGCGGCCUUACCCUGAUGCUUCCCGACACGCCAAGAUGGUACUAUGCCAAGGGGUACGAGGCGGACGGGGACGAGACCCUCUGUCGCCUGUUCGAUACCCACGUCGACGAUCCCAGAGUCCAAAACGUGAAGCAGUCCAUCCUGGCCAGCAUUCGCCUCGAGUCGUCGGACGAACGUGGCUUCCAGCUUCUGGAUCUCAUCUGGGACCGGACCAGUCUCCGCGUGGGCCGCCGAAUCCGCAUCUCGUUCCUCAUUCUCGCCAUUCAGCAGAUGAUGGGCAUCAACCUCUCCGUGUACUACAGCACUGUCAUCUUCUCACAAGUCGGCUUGUCCCAAUUCCUGUCCCAGCUCCUAGCCGCCGUCAUGAACACCGUCUUCACUCUGGGAACCAUCCCACUGGUCUACACCCUUGAGAGGGUAGGCCGUCGCAAUGUCUUGAUGUACUCGGCCGCAGCCCUUACCGUAUGCCUGGCAGUUUUUGUAGCCAUGAUUGGCCAGCCGAAUCCGACCAUGGCCACCCAGUGGGUCGGCGUCGGCGCCAUCUUUGUCUACAAUUUCAUCUUCGGCUACGGAUGGAUGGGGGUUACCUGGCUGUACGGCCCAGAGAUUGCUCCUCUUCGCCUUCGCCACGCAGGUGCUGCCGCUGGUGCGUUCGGGGAGUGGGUUUUCGCUUUCAUCACCGUCUUCGCCGGCGGUAUUGCCUUGCAGAACGUAGGAUGGAAGAUCUGGCUUUGGAUGACCCUAUCCUGCUUCUUCGCCGUCUUUUUCGUCUACUUCAUGUGCCCCGAGACCACGGGGAAAUCAUUGGAGGAAAUUGACUUGAUCUUCGCCAAAGACGAGGUCAAGGAUAGUAUCCUGGCCGCCCGUGUCAUCAGACACCGUGGGGAUAGCGAGAAGUCGGGGGCCAGUUUAGAGUGCAUUGAAAAUGCUUAAGGACAUAACCCUGGUCUUGAUGAACUAGAGUUAGUGUGAAUGUCCAUCACGCUUCGGCAUAGACUUGAGGUCCUGUCACGAUACCCAGGAUAUUGCAAAAAUGACCGCGUGUCAUUCGACGCUUUCGGAGGAAUUAUAGUUAUUUACGCUUGACGACAUUUUCUUCAAUGGCUUUUGCUUCGUGCGAAUCAAUUAUAUUUGAC